CGCCGUGCACCUGCUUCUCCGACUCAAACGGCGCCAAGUGACCAAUCAGAGAGCUCGGUAGAAGAGAAUCCUCAGACUAAGCCAAGGGCGGCCCGUUCUUUCCGUCGCCGUCCGAGGUAACUAUGGCAAAAACCCGUCGGCUGUUUGCUGGUUCACGGCGGGUAUUUAACUGCGCGUGCGCGCCUCACCGUGAGUUUGGAAAAGUGUUUGACCUUCUUAUUACGAGUAAGGAAGGAACGAGGAGCGGCGGGGCGCUUCCUUCCCUUGCGGUACCUUUGUUUCCUGUGCAUGUUGAAAUCUUAUCCAGAAUGCUUUUUUUAGUAAUAGUAUUACUCUUUAAUGGAAUAAUUUCUUACUCCGAUGGUAAAUCUGUUAGCAAGUCAGUGCCAAGAUUACUUCUGGUGUCUUUUGACGGCUUCAGGGCUGAUUAUUUGAAGAAAUAUGAACUUCCACAUCUCCAGGAUUUUAUUAAGGCUGGUGUAUUAGUAGAGCAUGUUACCAAUGCUUUCAUCACAAAAACUUUUCCAAACCACUACAGUAUAGUCACAGGCUUGUAUGAAGAAAGCCAUGGUAUUGUAGCAAAUGAAAUGUUUGACAACGAUACACAGAAAAAAUUUUCACAGUUUAAUGAUACCGAUUCUUUCUGGUGGGAUGAAGCAAUUCCUAUUUGGGUAAGCAAUGAAUGGCAGGAGAACAAAACAAGUGCUUCUGCAAUGUGGCCUGGCACAGAUGUCAAAAUUCAUGAUACUCUUCCUCAUUUUUUUAUGAAAUACAAUUAUUCAGUAAGCUUCAGUGAACGUGUAGAAAAGAUUAUUGAAUGGUUGAAUAGUUCUAAUCCAUUAGUUACUUUUGCUACUCUUUAUUGGGAAGAACCAGAUGCAAGUGGACACAAGUAUGGACCAGAAGAUACUAAGAACAUGGCUAAAGUAUUACACGAAGUAGAUAACCAUAUUGGCCUUCUUGUUGAGAAGCUUAAAGUUUCAAAGUUGUGGGAGGAAAUAAAUGUUAUCAUUACAAGUGAUCAUGGCAUGGCACAGUGCUCCCCGGAGAGAUUAAUCAAACUGGAUCGUUGCAUUGAUUCUAGCAGCUAUAAGCUAAUAGACAGAAGCCCAGUUGCUGCCAUAUUGCCAAAUAAUGUGACACAUGUUUAUGAUUUAUUGAAAAACUGCAGCCCUAAUAUGAAGGUUUAUCUUAAAGAAGAAAUUCCAGAGCGAUAUCAUUACCAUCACAAUAAGCGCAUUCAGCCAAUAAUUUUGGUUGCAGAUGAAGGCUGGACAAUUGUACAGAAUGGGUCUCUUCCCAGAUUAGGAGACCAUGGCUAUGAUGAUACUCUUCCAAGUAUGCAGCCAUUUUUGGCAGCUCAUGGACCUGCCUUCCGCAAAAAUUACAGACUGAAUUCAAUCCGUACUAUUGAUAUUUAUCCAAUGAUGUGCCAUAUUUUAGGAUUGAAAUCCCAGCCUAAUAAUGGCACUUUGAGCAAUUCUAAGUGUUUGUUAGUUGACCAAUGGUGCAUAAAUGUUCCUGAAGCAAUUGGAAUAGUUAUUGGUGUCUUUAUGAUAUUAACUACUCUGAUGUGCCUUAUAAUAAUCACCAAGAACAGAACUCCUCCUCUACGUCCAUUUUCAAGACUUCAGCUUCAGGAAGAUGAUGAUGAUCCCUUAAUAGGAUAAGAUCCCUGUUCUGACUUCUGUUUUGAAAAGACAAUAACAGAGAUUUAAGUUAUGUUGGCGAAUAAUAUGAUGCACUUUAAUAAAUAUCCAUCAAAACUACAGAAGAACAUUGUUUCUCUGAAAAAGAAAUCUUGACUAGAAUUUAUUUUCUAAUAUGAACUAAUAGAAAAUUAAUAGUAGUAAAACUUAUUUAAUUCUAAGUGAUAAGGAAUACAAUUAUUUGUGAGUGAAUCUUCUUGCAUAUAUUUCAUGGGCAACUCCUUAGAGAUAUUGUGACAUUUCCUGAAAUUGGACAGGAGCCUGUUCAACAAGGAUCACAGCUUUAAAAGGCAGGAUAAACUAGGCAAUCAAGGCCCUGCCCAUUCUGAUGUGCACAAUUCUUUGAUUGCUCAGACAUUCCUGCCCUUUUGAAGCCAGAGAUUUGUCAUUUCAGAUGCCCUUGAAACUGGUUGAAAAAAAUAUAAACCAUUAUGAAAUUCUUUAUAAAGAAGAUUAUAAUUGUGAAAAUAAUCCAGAUUUGUUUUCAUUAUUGGGGAAUAGUUGCUAUAACAGUUUAACUUAGUAGCUGUUAAUAGCUGGGACUCACAAUUCUAGAGCACUGUGCACUCCAUGUCAAUCUCUGCAAACUGGAUGUUUCCUUUAUUUUAAGCUGUUGGAAAACUAUUUGCAGGUACAUCUUCAAGCUACACUGAGCAAAAAAAAUAGCAUGCCAGACUACAGAUAGAUUAUAUCAAAUAAUUUCUUCUAUAACUAUAAGAUGUGGACUGAUUCUAAACAUAGUUUAAUGUGUCUUCAUUGAGACAGGUACGGAGUUUUCAAUCCAUUUUGUUAGGUUUUCAGAUGUUUCAUGUGUUUGAAUUAACAACUUGAUUGCAUAAUACAUAUAUUUUAAUGAAUCUGCAAAAGAAAUUAUAUUUUAUAAGAAGAAAAGGGAUUUGGAAGGCAAAGGAGGCAGUUAAAAAGACUUUCUGCUGCUUGCAGUUUGUAUAUGAUUAAUAAGAUUCUGUAUUGUAUAUUCAAUUAAUUGACAAUUUAUGUUCAGAAAUGAUUAUUCAGUUUUUUUAAUUCCUAAUAAUUGCUUGAUUUAAAGUAGAGCAUUUGUAAUAGGCAAAUAAUAUGCGAUACCAUUUGUGUUUGUUUCAUUCUGAAAGUUAGAAUUCAAGGGUAAUAUAUACUUAAUGCGUAGGACACAUAAUUUUCCUUGGUAUUUCAAAUGUUCCAAAUUUAACUUCAGUUGCUUUGCUUGUCUUCUUCAUAAAAUGAUAGUGGAAUCCUUUAUAAUCUGUAACACUAUGAAGAUACAAUCGUACUUGUCUGAUAACAGCUA